CGCUCUAGGAAGGAAUCAAAAUAAAGAAAACGGCGGGGAAAGUGAAGGAUUUAUAAGUGAGUUGGAAGCUGCGGGGAGAAAAAAAGGGCUGGGGCUUAUUUGCAUCUGAAGUCAAGUCAGGCUCAUUCCAGGGAUGAUCCUUCGUGUGGGACUGUGUCCUGGCCUCUCGGAUGAAAUGGUGCAGGUGCUAAAAGCCAAUGGCAUCAAAACAGUGGCUGAUCUUGUCUCAUCGGAUCUGGAGGACAUUGCCCAGAAGAAUUCCUUAUCAUACAAGACCUUAGUUGCGGUACGACGUGUGUUGCUGGCACAGUUUUCCUCCUUCCCAAUCAAUGGGGCAGAUCUCUAUGAAGAGUUGAAGCACACCACGGCCAUCUUGUCCACUGGAAUUGAAAGCUUGGACAAACUUCUCGACUCGGGUAUAUACACGGGGGAAGUGACAGAACUUGUUGGCGCACCCAGUGCUGGAAAAACCCAGCUGUGCCUCAUUGUCGCUGCAAAUGUAUCCUAUAAUCUCAAGCAGACUGUCCUGUACAUUGACUCGACUGGGGGCUUCACCGGUGCCCGUCUACUGGAGCUACUGAACUGCUUAACAGAGGAUGAGGAAGAGCAGGCUGAAGCAUUGCGAAGAAUCCAGGUUUUUCGUACAUUCGAUGCCUACAAAAUGCUUGAUGUGCUCCAGGAAGUCCGUGGUUAUGUGGCUCAGCAGAUACUCAGCACCUCUGGACCAGUGAAACUACUUAUUGUGGAUUCCAUUUCUGCUGUAAUUUGCCCUUUCUUGGGACUUCGGCAGCCCGAUGGUAUGGCCCUCAUGAUGCAUUUGGCGAGGGAGAUGAAAAGCCUUGCCAAAGAAUUUGGGAUUGCCAUAUUGUUGACAAAUCAUGUGACCAGAGAUGCUGGUGGUGGUUUUAAACCAGCACUAGGUCGCUCGUGGAGUUACAUACCUAACACUCGGCUGCUGCUGGAAAAGAAAAAAGUCAAUUCUGAGAAAGCAGGUCGAGUCGCAUCUUUGAUGAAAUCUUCUCGACAGCCUUUUGGAGUUCAGGCAGAAUUAGACCUGAGGAACUGGGAGGUGAAAAAAGAAAGUCCAGUCACAUCAGGAGAAGGACCAGAUGACGGCAUGGGUUUGUCUUCCUGAUUUACCACUGGGUUUCCUGAACAUUGCAGAAGGCCUGGAAAUGGAAAGAAGACUCCGGUUUUUAGAGGAAUGGGGAAUAAAAACCAGUAUCGGCCUUUUCCUAACAGAAUCUGCCUCCCUGAUUUAUUGGAUUUCAGCUCCUAGAAUCCCGAAAGAACACAGUCUACGAUCGGAGAUGAUCUGAAGUCAAAAACUUUUGGAGGACACGGUUUCUUUGGCUGGGACAUCAUAUUGUGUCGGUUAACUGUGGAAAUGUGCAUUGGAUUGACUAAAGUCAGGAGGUCACUUUUCAGCAACUGCAAUUUUUGUAGAUAAACGUAGAGUUUGUCAUUACUAAAGGGAUAUCGAAUGGAGUUGUUUAUCCAAAGGAGCCUCCAUGUCGUUCCCUGUAUUGCUACACUGUAUUGACAUCCUGAUUUUUGCUAUGUGAAAUGGAGGGGAAACGUAGGCACUGUAUUGAUUUUGCUUAACAAAUCAAGCAAGCUUGUCAUUCUAUAAGCCAUCACAAAGGUAGAAAUAUAUAUCAAAUGAGGGCUCUUGUAGAUGCUUUGUAUAAUAGGUCAGGGGUCUCCAACCUUGG